GCAAUCGGCUGACAGCUGUCGCGCGCAGCGUUAAUUUAUCUCUCUUCAUACUUUUCCCAAAAUUUCUGCGGCGUAAUACACAACAAGUCAUCGAGGCUUAGAAUAGAUCGAUCGUUAUUCGUUCCCCCCACAUUCGGACCAAAACAGUUCGAUUCCGGCGAGUCCGAUGGAGUUGCGUCAGUCAGUGUUUUUGUAUGAUAAAAUAACGAGCUGGAAGUUGUAGCUGCCAAAUUUUUGCGUGCGAUGCAGCUACGUUUUGUGAAUUGAACGAAUUUCAACGGUUAAUUCGUGACACGUGUAUACGACAGAUAGUGCGUGACAUUAUUACAGUUGACAGGCGAACUUUUGUGCGGACUCCAACAUGUCUCUGUGGCAACACUUUCAUGGUAACAUAAACUUUGAUUGGUGUCCGACUUUUAAGAAAAAGUCACGUCGCGCUACGAGGGAGGAUCCAGAUGUACCAGGCUUAGAAUCGAAUAUUGGCAACGACACGCAUCCUUACGCGGAAGCCGAACCUGUUCCUAGGUUUGCAGAUGAUUUCGAAGGCUGGAAAAAAUAUGCAUUAGAUAACUGGAGACAUAGGCAAGAUAGAUUUCUAGGAGAUCCGGAUGAUUAUUUCAGUUCUCAACAUAAUCACCUAAUCGAUGCUUUAUGGGCGGAUGAUACAGCAACCAUAAGUAGUAUCGUGGACGACUUCAUAGUAAUAAGAAACCGACGUAUCGCGGAACCAGCGCCGAGGAAAAUUGAAGAUCCAUCCUUGAAAUUUGAAAAAUUACCGAAAUUACAAUUGAAAGACAUCUGUCCGUAUACAAAAAUUACGGACGAAUUGGCUGAAAAACUCGAAGAGGUUUAUGUACAAGAGGCCUAUGAAAAGUCAUCGGAUGACGGUUACGAACCAUUUGAAAAGGUCAAAGAUUUUAUAAAUAAUUUAGAACCUGGAAGUUUACUGCUGGACGUAGGUUGUGGCAAAGGAAACUAUCUGAAUGUAAACCCAAAUAUCGUCACACUCGGUUUUGAUCAUAACAUGGAGUUCGUGAGAGAAUGCCGCAGGCAAAACCAUCAAGUUGCUCAUGGACAAUGCUUAUAUUUACCUUAUAGAAAAAAAUCUCUCGACGCUGUGAUUUGUAUAAAUGUGCUGCAUCAUUUAUCGACGGAAAAAAGACGCAGACAGGCUAUCGCCGAAAUCAUGAGAGUGUUACGACCUGGAGGCAAAGCCCUAAUUUACGUGUGGGCAAAAGACAAUGGAAUUGAACGAAAAAGUGACAAAUGGUUAGACGAAUUACAAAUAGAAUUGCAUCGAAAUUUUGAAAUGUCCUUAUUGAUGCCACUUUACAAAAAGAAAAUAAACUUUAAAGACAUCGAUUUAUUAAUGUCAGAAGAAAACCCGUUAUUUCAUCAUGUUUUCAAUCAAGAAGAACUGAUGAAUUUGUGCCUAAGUGUUCCAAAAACAACGGUGACUAGUUCCUAUGAAGAUCAGGGUAAUUGUUGUGUCGUUUGUGAAAAAAUGGAUUGAUGUAGUCAAAUAUCUUGAUCGUAACGCAUUUAAGCUGGUCAUAAACAGCAAAUUCUGUUCUGAUGCUGAUAUAUUAUCGAACAAUUUUUUUAUAAUUAUAUAUGAGUGUUGAGAACAAUAAUAUUUUAUAUUUUAUGAUAUUGUGUGAUUAUGUACUUUGAAUUACUUUAAUAAAAUAUUGUGAAAAGU